AUGUUGGGACUUUGUCAUUUGCAGGAGACGUUGCGGCCCAUCUACCAUAGAGCAGCAUGGAGCUUUACCUGCGCUUUUCAGGGGCGUCGCCCCAUACAUGGCCCCAGUGGCACAACUUCUGAUUUGAGCUGCAGACAGAAGCAACUGGCUUCGAGCAAGCCCGAACUUUCGGCACGGUUUGCGAUUACAGAAUACAAAGGUGAUCAAAAAUACAUGCGAGAAGCUUUUGGGUUACUUCGCAACUGGCAGUGUGGUUUGAUAUGCCACAGAUGCAAUGCAGCCCGCCUCUCGGGCAAAGGUCCUUUGUAUACCCAGUUUGGGACAUGCUGGGAGAGACUUUCGAAUGUCGAAGCACUACUUCACGUGUUUCCCAGAAGCCCCAACCCGAUGAUUCUCAUCCCCGGCUUCCAUGUCCGGAUGCUGCGAGGAUGUACGAUGCACAUCCUCAACCUUGGAAUUCUCCAGAAUCUCUGUGCAGAGGGGAUUUUACAGCUGAUGGAGCACGAGGUAUAUGGCGGGGGCAGCGAGGUCGAAGACAAACUUCGAUUCCUAUUCAAUGAGUUCCAAAGAUACUGCAAACUUCAGGGUAUCUCUUGCUCCCAGCGAAGAUUUACGCCAGCAAACCUGCACUAUCCCGUCAACAAGCCGGCUACUGACUAUCCAUUCCUCGCCGCUAAAGCCUACAACUGUCGUGGGCAUGAGUUCUUCGAGCCCUUCCAAUUCAUUUCAGAUGCUGCUGUGGAAGCGGCUUUCGAUGUGAUCGCCGGGCUUCUUGCUUCCUUUGGAUGCACUCAGCCAAAUAUGGCAAAAUACAAGGCAGCUUUUGAAUGGGUUCUGGAGGAACACGAUAUUAUGGGGAAAGAUGUGCUGAAGAAGGAGACGCAGAUGUGGGUGGACUAUCACGCCGGGACUUUGCGGGCCCGUGUGAUCUACUUGAUCCGGCUCUACCGGAAAACGCCGGACCGGUCGCCGAAGAUACAAACACUCAAGGACAUCCUCGCUGCUCUCGAAGCGCCGGCUGCAACUGCUGUGGAUGCUUCGGCCGUGGAUGGGGGCCAAGCGGCCCCAGUAGAGGAUUCGGCCGAGGAUGGGGAGGCCAUGGUAGAUGAUCCGACCGAGGAAGGGGGCCAAGAGGGCUCAGUAGAGGAUUCGGCCAAGGAUGGGGAGGCCAUGGUGGAGGAUCCGACCGAGGAAGGGGGCCAAGAGGCCUCGGUAGAGGAUUCGCAGGCCAUGGUGGAGGAUCCGACCGAGGAAGGCGGCCAGCAGGAGAUCGAGGUAGUGGACCCGAAGGCCUAUCCGGCAGAUCGCAAGCCCCUGGUGACCGAAGCUCCGACCUGGGAUUCCUCCCAAGCUGAGAAGCUUCUUGAGGAUGCAGCAGCUGGGUGCACAGAUGCUUUGCCCGAGCUGCAGUCGCGGCUCCUGACACGGACAAGCCAGGCCGUGGCGGACGUGGCCGUGGCCGUGGCCGUGGAAGGAACACGGAGUGGAGCUGCCAUGAAGCGGCCUGCGGCUGCAGCUCUGAAGCGAAAGGCCGAAGAGCCUUUGGAGGAAGUUGAUCCAGAUGAGGUGAAAGAGGUCGAUGGCGACAACGACGGCCCAGGACAGGAGGCCGAUGAAGGACAGAAGCCGAAAAAACGAUCAACCAGGACGCCGGAGGAGCGGGAGGUCUUGAAGAGCCUCCCGGAACUCGAGAACUAUCGAGUGCUGUUCAUCACUGGCAAGCACACGGGCCUCCCAAUCACAUGGAAGGAGAUCGUUCAACCUUGCAUAAAGGCUGCUUUGUCUUUGGAGGCAGGCAAGGACUUGUCGGUCCUGGAAGAUGCCUUCGAGAAGGAGAAAGAGUGCUUGAUGAAGUUGACGGCCCAGCGCCACGUGAUGUGGCGCUUUUUCUCUUCGAUUCGCCUCGCUGCGGUCUGCACCGCCUACCAGCUGUACCCUGGAACACGUGCCGUGGCAUUCAAGAGGGCGGCUUGUGCCCGUGCUGCCUUCGAUCAGAUCGGAGUUGCCAGCCUGCCGGGAACAACUUGGCCGACCGACCGGCUGCGAGACACCCGCAACACGGCUGGAAAUCGAGAGCUGUGCGGCAAAAGCCCCAAAGCCCGGAUGCUCGGGCGAGGCGAUAAAAGGCGAUACUGGGGUGGGUGGGGUGCGGGUGAUGGCCGGUCAAUCGUCUGGCUCCAAAAGCGAGUCUUGCAAGUGAGCCGUGAGGACCGAUCGAUCGGGGUCGAUGCUCUGGAGAUUUUGGGCUCACCGCUCGCCUGCAGAGCAGAAGAAGCCGUUGCAGGAACCGUAACGAGGGGCCUCGGAACCGUAACGAAGGGCCUCGGAACCGUAACAGAGGGCUUGGACAUGAAACGUGGAAAUGGAGCCAAUUGCACGGCAUCCGGGGCCGAUGUGUCCCAGUUCCUUGCAAAGGCCAAAGCUAGGGCGUCUUUGGUGAAGAGUUUGGCACCCGCCAUUAGAGAAGCACCUGCCCCACCUUCUGCAUCUGCGAAGUCGACCCCGAUCAAGAGCCCUGACAUGAAGAAGAUUCGCACGGCAGCAGAUAGUGCCACUACGAGACGGGUGUCAACGAAGUCCACCCCGCCUGUUCCGAAGGCGGUUGCCAAGAAGCCGGACUCAGGAUGUGGCUACCGCUGCUACCCCUGCUCCCGCUUCUACGCCAGCACCGGUUCGCAGGAGUUUGGGACACCUGGCGCCGCCAGGUCAGUGGAUCCUACCCCGGAGAGGGUGCAGGAUGAUUGGUGGUGCGAUGGGUCCUGGCAUCGGGGCUGGGAUCAUGGUUGGUAUGGCUACACCCCAAUGUCCUGGAACGGCUGGUGGGCUGGCCGGGGCUGGGAUGACGACGACUCUUGGAGUGCAACUUCGUGGCAAAGCUCCUCUACGGACACGUGCCGCUGGGAAAGGAAGGAUCCAAGCAUGCAUCGGAUGACGAACCACCUCCAGUCAGACAAGAGUCUGAGUCGAGAUUCCUUGGAAGCUCUGCUCGAAAAGGCCUACGAGGGUUUCUCGGAUGAGAGUGAUCCCGAUGUGGGCCCUCCGUCUGAGGGCAAGGAGUCGCGAGGCUCCUUGAAAAGCCUCGAUUCGGCAACCACCCUGGCACUGGGAAGCAUGAGCAGGGAAAGCUUGGAGGAUGAGGUCGCGGACACUUUGGUGGACAAAGGGAUUGAGCUUGACGAUGGCUCGGCCGACAAGCUCCCCAAGAUCACAGUUCAGGAGGACGGCCGGGCUCUGCCGAGCACGGUUCAGGAGGGCGAGAAGCAAGUCCCGCAGAACACGGUUCAGGUCGAAGCCGAGAAGCAAGUCCCGCAGAGCACGGUUCAGGAAGCCGAGAAGCAAGUCCCGCAGAGCACGGUUCAGGAAGCCGAGAAGCAAGUCCCACAGAGCACGGUUCAGGAAGCGGAGAAGCAAGUCCAGCCGCAGAGCACGGUUCAGGAAGCGGAGAAGCAAGUCCAGCCGCAGAGCACGGUUCAGGAAGCCGAGAAGCAACUCCAGCCGCAAAACACGGUUCAGGUGCCCGAGAAGCAAGUCCAGCCGCAGAGCACGGUUCAGGAUCCCGAGAAGCAAGUCCAGCCGCAGAGCACGGUUCAGGUGCCCGAGAAGCAAGUCCAGCCACAGAGCGGUGCAGACACGGCUGCUGGAGGCGGACAGAUGGUCAAGCAAGAGCCGGAGUCCGACGAUUGGCGAAGGGACAAGUACGGGAAGUUGCUAGGUCCAGCUGCUCUCUAUGCCCGAUUCUAUCGCACUGGGAGGAGCCUGGUUCUCAGGAAUGCUUCGUUCGGUAUCAAGGGCCCCAAAUCGCCGCCGGAAGUUCGGGAGAAGAUGGCUGAUGCUGAGCGAAGCGAGGACCUCGCAAACGACCUCUACGCACGCCACAAGGAGCUGGAAAUGACGUUGCUGAAGGUCUUUGACACGAUCAAGGACAUUUCCGACAAGAAGUUCACGAAUUCCGCCGACAUGCAGAUCGAAGCAAACGAUGUGGACGAGAACGAUGUGCACACAGCGAUGGAUGCUUUGCUCGAUGAAGAGAUGCCGGAGUCGAGCCUGCAGCCUGGGAAGCCCGGGAACAACGAAAACCAAAAGCCGAAGCCGCAGCCGAAGCCGAAGAAGGAAAAAACGUGGAGGGAGAAGGCCCAGGAUGCGGACAAGCGGGCCAACAAGGAAAUCAUCGACUAUGCUGGCUUCAAGCAGAUCCUGUCCUCGCCGGCUGCUGGUGUGGCGAGCAACAUGAAGGCCGCCAUUUUGGCGGAUGUGGAUCCCGCCAAGAUCCACCUGGAGCAGGUCAAGUACAAGGUGGCAACAGCAAUCGGGCAGAAGGUUUCGGAAGUGAAGAUGGAGCCCCUUUUCCGUGAGCUGGAGGCCGCAUUGCAAAAGUUCAAGACGGUUUCCGAGCCAGUUCGUGCGGCUGAGAGGAAGGUUGCUGCAUCAGAAAAGCCUCCAAAGGCUACCGCAAAAGCCAAGGCGAAGGGUAAGGUGGCGGCAAAGUAG